AUGAUGCAUCUACAUGACAUUGCCUGUUGCAUUUCAGUUUUAUUUAUUUUAACUCCUAUCAAAGCGGAUUACCAGAAUUAUUUAAACCUCGAGCAUAGACCAAUACAUCUACCUGAUCAAAAGUUUAGCUUUAGUGAAUAUUCAGAGUAUUCUGAUAAUGAUGAAAGGGAUAGAGGAUCUAUAGGGAAUCAAAUGCCAGUAUUGUAUUCCAAUGAACAUGCACCGAAGACUACAACUGAUACAGAACGACAUACCUCAGAUACAUUUGUCAAAAAUAUUAUAUGGGAUUCUCAAUGGGCCAAAAAUAUCAAAUUUGGCCAGAUAUCGGCAGUGUCUAUAGAUCCAAAUGGAAACAUUGGAAUAUUUCAUAGAGGGUCACGAACAUGGGGUGCAACUACAUUUGAUAGAAAUAAUAGAUUUGAUAGAAAUAAAGGACCAAUUCGAGAAAACACUGUAAUUCUCUUAGAUAAAUUUGGGAAAAAGUUAUUUGAAUGGGGUGCAAAUAUGUUUUAUUUACCACAUGGUUUAACAAUAGACAUGGAUGGAAAUUAUUGGAUUACAGAUGUAGCCUUACAUCAAGUAUUUAAAUUCAAUAGUGAAGAUAUAUCAAGAAUGAAAGAUCUAGCAAAAGUAAGAAAAAGGCAAUACAAUGAAGAAACAAUGUUUAUUAAUAAUCACAAUCCUGAUACUCUGAUUGAAACUUAUAUACCUAAACCUUCAUUGAUUCUUGGAGAAGCUUUUGAACCUGGUAAUGAUGGACAACACUUUUGCAAACCAACAGCAGUUGCUGUAGAAAGUAAUGGUGACUUUUUUGUCAGUGAUGGUUACUGUAAUUCUAGAAUUCUUAAAUUCAAUGCUAAAGGAAACCAAAUUUUACAAUGGGGUCGACGCUGGAGAAUGGAUGGAAGCAUGUAUCUGCAGAGUCCUCCAGAAAAUGCAUUUUAUAUACCUCAUGCUUUAGCACUUGCUAGUGAACUAAAUUUAAUUUUUGUCGCUGACAGAGAGAAUGGUAGAGUUUCAUCUUUCUUUGUAACCAAUGGAACAUUCCAUAAAGAAUACAAGCAUCCUAUUAUUGGUACAAAAGUAUAUAGCGUAGCAUAUGCCAAAAGAAAACUUUAUCUGGUUAAUGGUCCUGAUGUAACUCCUAAUAACCAUGUCCGAGGAUUUGUUCUCGAUGUAGAUACGGGAAAUAUAUUAUCUCAAUUUGGUCCAGGACAAGAUAUGAAGAGACCACAUGAUAUAGCCGUAACCGACGAUGGAUCAGAGAUAUACGUAGUAGAAUUGGACUUACAGACUGCUUAUAAAUUUUUGCAGGAUACAAAUGCAUCGAUCCAAACUGGAAAUUCUGUGGCACAUGUAAACCCUCAUCAUGAACCAGCACCUUUAACGGGUAGUGAUAUUUACUAUUCUUCUGGAGGUACUACAACAGCAACAUUAGUCUUAUCCCUUGUUACAGCAGCAGUCAUUUUUAUUGCCCUCUGUGUAGCAAUUGCUGCAGUUGUAGCAAGAUGUCAAAAAAGAGGAUGUUUGUUAAUAAUGCGCAAACGAAUGCGCUGGGAAGCCGAGAGACGAGAAAACUUUAAACUCUCUAAUCUCUUGGAAAACAGAAGAGGCAAAAAUUUCAAGAUAAUGAAGAAACGACCAAAUACGCGAGACUUUAGUAAAUUGAACACAGAACCAGAAACCUCGGAGGAUGAAUAUCCAGAGAACAGUUUUACAAAUAUCAUUUAA